AUGUUACGACUACUAUCAUCCAUAUUUUGGUUAAAACUAAGAAAAGUUCUGUCUCUUUAUCCGACAUUUACUAUUGAUAAAGAUGUGAAGCGUCAAUUAUAUUGGUUGGCUGCUAAUGGUCAUGUUUAUGAAGAAUUCAACAAUGACAUAUGCAACAAGUUUCGUGAUGAAGAUAAUCUCAUUCACAAACCGACGACCGAAAAUCAUGAAAGAGAAGUGGAAUUUCGGUCUGAUCAAUUUUGGGCUUUUCUUCUUGUAAAGUCGAAACCAAUGUGUAUUGAAAUGUACGAAAUUAUUUCUUAUGUGUACUCAAUUCCUUGCUNUUAUUGUGAACAUAUUUAUUAG